UUUCAUUCGGAAGACAGCUCGGAUCGGUCGCGUAAUCAUCAUCGCGCACACAAAACGCAUACGGGUCAUCACAGUAGGCUCACGGGUUGACAAGGAAAAAAAGUUUAAUUUCUGUGCUCAAGUGAAAAACGGGAAAUUUGUGCAUUUUGUGGCGAUUUUCGCAAGGAAAUCAAUCAGGAUCGCAUAAUUGAAAGUGCUUUUGAUAAGUGUAUGACGUGAGUGGAGUGAAAAAUCAAUCGAGAAGCAGAGAAAGGCGAAGUUUUUUUAUUUGGUUGCUGAAGGAAAAAAACAUGAGCAGGAUGGCCUCCAAAAAAGCGUCCUACGGCUACGAAGAUGAGGAGGAGAAUGAAGACUCCUCCGGGUCGGAUUUUGAUGAUGACGAAGAUCCAGAUGCGAUUGAAGUUCCAGGUGGCGGUAUAGAUUUAGCAACAGUGGCCACAUUAACAAAGCAGAAGGUGGACAUGAAGGUGCCUCUAAGUGGCGUGCCCGCGUCAAAUGUAUCAUCCAAGUCGACUGGUAAGAUUCCCAGCGGCUUAGUCACAAAACCAGUCACAUCUGGAAGUUACGAAGUGAUCAGACAACCGACUCUUCUCAAACAGCCUGGCGCUGGCGGCAGUGCAUAUGGAAUGGGUGGUGGUAGCAGUGGAAUGAGUUCCUCAUCCUUGGUUGGUGGUAUUAGUAGCAAUUUGUCUAAUCCGAGCUCUAGCAUUGUUAAGACGGCAAUGCAAACUGCAACACCCACCGGGACGCUUCCGCCGGGAGCGACCAGCAUUUUAGGUGGACUUGGUAGCUAUUAUCCACCCAGUAUUGCCACUCUACUAGCGCAAAUGGGUAUGGCCGCGACACUUGGAUUCGGUGGCGGUUCGUCGAUGAACAACGCAAAUCACAUGACAAGCAAUCAAAUUAUGCUGGAACAGCUGAAGGCACUGGUGGCCGCCAACCCGCACUACCUAACCAGCGGUAUACCGACGAACCUGCUCUCCCAGAUCUGGAUGGCCGAUACAGCAAAGGUACAACAGCCGGUGUUCAAUAAUCUAAUUCAGCCACCGGAGGAAGAAGAAGCGGAAGAGGAGGAAAUGGGCGUUGCCGAAACGUAUGCUGAAUAUUGGCCGGCAAAAUUGAAAAUCGGCAAGAAGCAUCCCGACCCGGUAGUGGAGACCGCCUCGCUGUCUUCGGUGGAACCAUCCGACGUGUAUUAUAAAAUAUCGAUACCGCCGGAACCAAUCAAUGCCGGCCAAUUGAGCGCCCUUCAGUUGGAGUCGAUCACCUAUGCCAGUCAAGCACAUGACCACCUGCUGGCGGAUGGUUCUAGAGCUGGUUUUCUGGUGGGAGAUGGAGCUGGUGUUGGUAAGGGUCGAACGAUCGCCGGAAUCAUUUAUGAGAAUUAUCUGAAAGGUCGGAAGAAGUCCAUCUGGAUCUCAGUUUCCAAUGACUUGCGGUAUGAUGCAGAACGGGAUCUGCGAGAUAUCGGUGCCAGCAGAAUAAACGUGUACGCUUUGAAUAAGUUAAAAUAUGCCAAAAUAAAUUCAUCUGCAAAUAAUAACAUCAAGAAGGGUGUCAUAUUUGGCACCUAUUCGGCUCUGAUUGGUGAAUCGCAGAGCACAACCGGAAAGUACAAGUCUAGACUCAAACAGUUGCUGCAGUGGUGUGGAGAAGACUUCGACGGAGUGAUUGUAUUCGACGAGUGUCACAAAGCGAAGAACUUGUGUCCGGUAGGAUCGAGUAAACCAACAAAGACUGGUCUCACGGCGUUGGAACUGCAAAACAAACUUCCGAAGGCCCGUGUAGUUUAUGCUUCUGCAACAGGAGCUUCGGAACCGAGGAACAUGGCAUACAUGGUACGACUCGGAAUCUGGGGCAUGGGAACACCUUUUCCGAAUUUUAUGGACUUUAUCACUGCUGUCGAAAAAAGAGGUGUUGGAGCAAUGGAAAUAGUAGCGAUGGAUAUGAAAUUGCGUGGCAUGUACAUUGCUCGGCAGCUUAGUUUUCACGGAGUCACCUUCAAAAUCGAGGAAGUUCCGUUAACGAAAGACUUCAAGCGAGUUUACGAUGAGUCGGUUGAAUUGUGGGUGGUAGCCAUGCAAAAAUUCACAGAGGCCGCAGAACUGAUAGAUGCUGAGAACCGUAUGAAGAAAACUAUGUGGGGACAAUUUUGGUCGGCUCAUCAGCGCUUCUUCAAAUAUCUCUGUAUUGCGUCCAAGGUGAAUCAUGCAGUCCGAGUGGCGAGAGAAGCCAUCAAAUAUGGAAAAUGUGUUGUCAUCGGUUUGCAGUCGACGGGCGAGGCUCGAACCUUAGAACAAUUGGAGAGAGACGAUGGAGAAUUGACUGAUUUUGUGUCAACGGCGAAGGGUGUCUUUCAAUCACUAGUCGAAAAGCAUUUCCCAGCGCCUGAUCGAAGUCGCAUAAACCGGCUUCUUGGUUUGGAAGGACCCAAGAAAACUCAACUAGAAAGCUUACUAGAGGAAAUAGACUCGAAGCCAUCAGCAAGUGGUGAUCUCAAGCGUAAAAAUGUACUUGCCAAGAAUGAAAGCCUCACUAAACAGAAAAAAGCGCGCCGAAAUUCGUCAGACAGCGACUCAAACAGUGAUUCUGAUUCUGAUGCGAAGGCAUCGGACAGCGAACAUGACGACAGUAACCACGAUUCGGACAGCGCUCAAAGCGAUGACUACAAUCCCUUUGGAUUUGCGGGUUCGGAUAGUGACGACGAUCCAUGGGUUGGAAAGGCCACCAAAACCAAGCCAAAGAAACCAAAAAGUCCGAAAAAGAAACCGGUCUCGACGCAAGACAAAAUACAAGCUCAUCUAUCAAAGAAACAGACUGAAACAAAACCGGUGGUGUUUAAAGCAAGCAACGGAAUUUCUAUCCAGCUUGGUCCACCGCCCAAGGACGCAAUCGAGCGAGCUUGCCAAAUGAAGGACGAGCUGUUGGCGAAAAUUGAACGUCUUGGGGACCGUUUGCCUGCAAAUACUCUCGAUCAGUUGAUCGAUGAGUUGGGUGGCCCAGAAAACGUAGCUGAAAUGACUGGUCGUAAAGGACGAGUGGUUCAAACGGAUGACGGAGUUCAAUACGAAUCGCGGUCAGAGCAAGACGUUCCAUUAGAGACGCUCAACAUUACAGAGAAGCAGCGUUUUAUGGAUGGUGAAAAAGAUGUCGCAAUCAUAUCGGAAGCAGCAUCGAGUGGUAUCUCGCUGCAAAGUGAUCGACGAGUGAGAAAUCAGCGUCGGCGCGUGCAUAUUACCCUUGAACUCCCAUGGUCUGCCGAUCGCGCAAUCCAGCAAUUCGGUCGAACACAUCGUUCCAACCAGGUCAAUGCACCAGAGUACAUGUUCCUUAUAUCAGAUCUUGCGGGUGAGCGAAGAUUUGCUUCAACGGUAGCUAAGCGUCUGGAAUCGCUGGGUGCCCUUACGCACGGAGAUCGAAGAGCCACUGAAACGCGAGACUUGUCACAAUUCAACAUCGACAAUAAGUACGGCCGAUCGGCGCUCGAGUCGGUCAUGAAGACUAUUAUGGGCUAUGAGCAACCGUUGGUUCCUCCGCCCAGUGAUUACAAGGGCGACUUCUUCAAAGACAUUGCCGGAGCACUAGUCGGGGUUGGUUUGAUCGUCAACAGCGAACAGAUGCCCGGCGUGUUAAGCUUGGACAAGGACUAUAAUAAUAUUUCAAAGUUCCUCAAUAGAAUAUUAGGUAUGCCGGUUGAACUUCAAAAUAGACUGUUUAAAUAUUUCACGGACACGUUGGCGGCCAUCAUUGAGCAAGCCAAGAAGCGAGGUCGUUUCGAUCUGGGUAUUUUGGAUCUUGGAGCGGCUGGUGAAAAUGUUACGCGGAUUAAGAUUACCAAAUUUAUCCGGAAACAUUCAACUGGCGUUGCGCCUACAGAGCUGCACACAGUACAAGUUGAACGAGGCAUGAUCUGGCAGGAAGCCAUUGACAAGUGGGCGGAUCUUGGUGGCGAGAAGGAAGGGUUCUAUCUUUCCAAGCAGGCGCGAAAUGGAAAGCACUCGUCAGUCCUGGCUGUUGAAAUUGAAACCGCAGCAAACGUCAACAAGAAGAAAACUGAACCGAAAAGCAAGAAGGACAUCAUGUUCCAGAUUUACCGGCCAAACACUGGUUUGCAGGUCAAACACGAAUCGCUGGAGGAGCUGGAGAAGAAAUAUAAGAAAGUUCUCAGCGAUGAAGCAGAACCACAUUGGACGAAGCAGUUUGAUGCAUCGGUUAAUACCUGCUCGCAUAGCUACUGGAAGGGAAUGUGUCGAUAUGUAACCAUGGGUCAGGAUUGCGAGAUCGGUCUUCGGAGGAGAACCUACUUUGUGUUGUCCGGUUCUGUUCUAUCCGUUUGGUCUAGAGUUGAAAACAAUCUGACCGCUCGGGCAGGAAGCCAAAACCGCAUGCAAGUUAUUCGAUUGAAAACGAAAGAAGGCAGCAAAAUUGUUGGAACGCUUAUUCCCAAGAAUUGCGUUGAACAUUUGACUAGAGAUUUGGCUAGUGAUUCGGAGAAGGUCGAAGAACAGUCCUUCGUUGGUAAGUAAAUUUCAUCCCCGAAAUAAUCGAUACACGUGAUAAUACACCUAAGCGAGUUCUGUGUGAGUUGAUUAAAGAUUAUUGUGUAAUAACUUGUCUGAAGACGAAUCACUAGUUGGGUAUCCAACAUCUUUCUCAUAUUCCGAUCAAUAUUUACGGAAAUCUACGUAUGUUAUACCCUUUAUCAAGCAACAAAAGCGUAAUCUUUAUCAUUGACAGUGAAAAUCUACCGCCCUAAAUGGAGAAUAAUCUUUGUCUCAGAAUAAUUAUGUGUGUGCGUGAGCGAGUGAUGUGUUAAGAACGAAAAAACGACAGUUAUCAUGAUCUAGAGUAUCAAAUUGUCACAUAAAAUGUUUUACAAGCCAAAAAUAUGUAUCAUUGCAUAGAUCCCGUUUUGUUUUGUUCGGUAUUUUGCGUUGGUCCCAUUGACGUCCCUUUCUGACAAAUUGCUACUAAAUGAAAUUUGGUACACACAAGGUUUAUUUUAAAUUGAAGUUAUUAU